ACCCAUUAGUUCACUGAACAAAACUAAAAUCAAAAGACUGCAUGUCUCGCCAUCUCUCUCCCGAAUGAAAUCUCACACGAGUGUGUAUCGCCACUACAUACAUACGUCGCGUCGUUGGCGAAGCACUACAAUGCCAACAAACUUAUACAAGUGCGAUGUGUAAGAUGCGCACAUCAAUUCAGUUCACUAUCAACCUUUGUUGUGUUCGCUUCGUGUGUUUACUUGAUUUGUAAUUUUAAGAAUUCACGCUGAAUAAUGGACGAUCUGGAGGAGCAGAAGUUUAAUGUACGUUUCGUACAUACUGUGGAGAAGUAUCCAGUUAUAUACAAUACUAAUUUAAGAGACUUUAAACAGAAACGAAGUAUUCUUGCAAGGGAAGAAGCGUGGAAGGCUAUUGCAGAGAAGUUCAACAGUGAAGUAUUUCCAUUGCAGAAAAAAUGGAAAAGAUUCCGUACCACUUUGCAGCAAAACUUAAACCAAAAUAAAAGAUUUGAAACUAGUCGGCUAUAUUAUUUAUAUGAUCACUUAAAGUUUCUUAUACCGUACGUUAAAGUUACGAAUGGGAAUCACAAAUCGAAAGCGAACUAUGAAGAAGAGAAAGAAGGAGAGGAAGAAUAUGAAAUAGUUGAUGAAAUAGAUGGCAUCGAUCAAAACACAAUGAGUUAUGAAAGUAAUGAUUCAGAUGAAAUUUCUACGACAAAGCAAAGACAAUCAUUAUCAUUGUUAGAGGGGGAACCGAUUCAAAAACCUACCAAACCACGACAGGGCCUGAAGAGGAAAAGCAAUGCGUUUAGCAAUGGAGACUUUAGGAACAGUGCGCACUCUACUCCACUUCCGAAUGUUACCCCUGGUGCUUCCAGCUCCAUCGGAAAUACUGAACUUGAGCUAUCAACAAGGUGUGAAAAUGACAAAACUCAUUUUUUAUCCAGUUUAAUACCAGACUUGGAUGAAAUGUCCAAUUCACAAAUGAGGCAUUUCAAAGUCAAAGUUUUAGAGUUGAUAGACGAAAUUUUGAGAGAAAAUUAAAAUUUGUAACGCUUAAAAGUAACCUUUUAGAAUGAAAUAAGAGUUUUUGUUUAUUAACAACGCAAUAAAGAAGAAAAUGGUAAAAAA